GGAAUUAGUAAUUUUCUCCUGUUGCAAUGGUUUAACAUGUCAAAAGAUGGCUUCGUUUCGUUAGCUUUUGAAGCUAUCCAGUCACCACGCCGUUAGCUAUAUUGCUCCUGACCGCAAGGCCAUUUAGCUCCGCGGUUUUAGUCCACAUACCGUUCAACGUGGCGGCUUCUAACAGCCCCUCGCUGUUAGUCGGCGUCGAACAUGUUACUUUUGGUUUUUGGGGAAAUGAGCCCCUCGUUAUAAUUUUGUUUUCCAUACUCAUAUAUUUUUUUACAAUAUAUUUAAAACCACGUUAACGAAAGGCUAAAAGAGGGAAGUGUUGACGCUUUGAAAUAGUGUCUAAACGUUACAUAAAGGCCCCGACUCACGAUUUGGCUUUAAAGUAACCGCUUCUUACCUUAUUAUAACUACAAAGUAUACUGAGUGGACUAUAAAGGACAUUAAGGGUACCAUGGAGACCCAGUCGGUGUACAUGUGCUUCCCCUGCUACAAGGAGUUCAACACACUAGAAGAGGUGCUCAAACAUCAGAUGACAUGCACGGCCGAGGAAGACCAGGCAGACCCAUCCCACGUCACGCCCGUUAUUGUUCCAGUGCUCCAGACGCAGCCGGAGCUAACACAGGAGACUGUGGUCCCCGAGAUUAAAGUGGAAUUGCAGCCGCUGGUCCAACAGUCUGUUGAUAAUGUCAUGCAGCAGAGGGAGAUCGUGGCACAGGAAGAUGAGCUCAGUGAAGCUCAGUUGCUGGACCAACCCCGAAUCCUCUACCAAUGCGGGGACUGUGAUGAGCUCUUUAAGAGCCUGGACCAAUGGCAAAAUCACCGCAAAGGAGGCACCUGUCUGAAGGCUGUCCUCGAGGGUGAUUCUGAUGUCGAGCCGCAGUCCAGUUUGUGUCCCGAAGAUCCUCAGCCUGUCGCCGAGGGUGACCCAAGUGAGAAACCUGACCAAGUGGAUGGCCCGGGAGUCGAGGAGAAACAGCAGCAAGUCGGCGAGACCUCUUCAGGUCAGGGUUCUAAUCCGAUUGCAUCUGAAGUGGUCACGUUGGCAUCUGUGCAGGAAGAGUCGUCUCCUAGGAGGAGAGGGGCAAUCAAGAAACCGAAGCCCGAUCCAGUGCUGCUGUGCGUGGACUGUGGCUCCUGCUUCGGCCUCGUCUCUGAACUGGUGGCCCACCGCAAGACUCAUGGCUUCGAAGAGGCCCUACACCACUGCAACGUGUGUGGCGAGAGCUUCCUUAACACCACUCUCUUCCUGUACCACCGCAAGCAACACCGUCAGAAAGGCGAGGGAAGUGCCACAGUGGCGAGUGGCACAUCAGAGAAAUCUUAUGCACAUAGCAGUACGGCUGAAGGGCAGGAGGGUGACGGUGCUCCGGCCACCUCUGCACAGCCGGCCGAGCUCUUCUUGUGCAUCCAGUGCGGUGCCAGCUUCAACGAAGCCUCUGUGCUGGUUGCACAUCGCAAGGCACAGCACAACCUGCACAACCCUAUCCACACCUGUUCCUACUGCACUGAGACCUUCAUGAACACAACCCAGUACUUAUACCAUCGUAGACAGCACCGUGUUCUGGAGUGCGGGCCCAUUGAUGAAGUGGAGAUUGGCGACGAGAUGGUAUCCUCUCUUGAGGAAACCCAGGCCUCAAAGCGGCCGCUCUAUUUGCCCGCUGCCGCAAAGGAGCCUGAUGCACCGACCCCAAAGAGGAGCAGGCCGGCAUUCAAGAUCAUCAGCAAAGGAAAGGAUUCAAGCGGUAAAGAAGAAACAGAGGGCGGAGGGACCGUUGACACCGCAAACCUCCCUCCACCUGCCAAACUGCUGCAGGACUGGUCCCGCACUGCUCUUCCCCACGUUUGUCCCUACUGCGGCAAAACCUUCACCCGGCGUGUAUUCCUCCGCACGCACGUCUACAGCCACACUGGAGAAAAGCUUUUCACCUGCAAGGUGUGUUCAAAGUCCUUCACGAACUCUCAGAGCCUGUUGCGUCACACCAUGAGUCACAGUGGAAACAGGCCCUUCUCCUGUGAAGUGUGCGGCAAAGAUUUCACACAAGCCGCCACCCUGAAGAGGCAUCAGCUCAUUCACAACUCGGAUCAGCCUCGCCGCAAGCGUGGGCGCAGACCGAUCGGUGUUGCAGACAAUGAUGGUGGGGAUGAUCUCUUCUCGUGUCCCCUCUGCCCUUCACACUUCCACACAGAGGAACAGCUCAACCACCACAAACUUCUCCACACCAGCAACCCGUUCCCCUGUCCUGAUUGCGGAGAGGCGUUCAGCCGCAGGAAAGACCUCGACCUCCACUCGCUCACCCAUCAAGACAAGGAGCCCGUCGUCUGUCCCCACUGCUCCGCCCAGUUCAUCAAUGAGACCGUACUGGACAUUCACCAGCAGCGCUGCACCGGAUCUGAGGAGGAUAGGAACACUGGACGUGGGCGCGGCCAAGGACGAGGUCGCUCCACUGGACAGAUUGAGUGCGACCUGUGUGGCCACCGCUGCAUGACCCAGGAGGGCCUGGACCUCCACCGGUUGUCUCAUACCGGCCAGACGCCACUCAAGUGUCCAGUUAGGCCUUGCCGCCGCCGUUUCAUUUCAAACAGGGCACUGGAGGAGCACGUGCUUGCCCACUGCCAAGGAAAGAUGAGCAAGACCAAGAGCCGAGCCCGCUUCAAGUGUCAGAUCUGCUUCAAGGGUUUUGCCUACAACUCCACAUUUCAGGUCCACAUGCGGACUCACACCGAUGAGAGGCCCUUCGAGUGCACCACCUGCGGUAAAUGCUUUCGCCAGCUUCCCCAUCUGCAGGACCACGAGCGCAUUCACAGUGGCGUGCGGCCCUUCUGCUGCUGGAUCUGCGGCAAGAGCUUCAGUGUGGCAGCACGCCUCACCGAGCACGCCCGCACCCACAGCGGCGAGAAACCCUACCCGUGCCCCAACUGCCCGGCCGCCUUCCGCUCGCGCUCCAACCUUGACAAGCACAUCCGUCAGCACGGCGACCAGGCCGCUCAGGCUGCCGAGGAAGUGGCCAGCGCCACGGAGGCGGCGCAAGUGCAGAAGGUGCUGGAAGGUGCCAAAGUGCUGUCCUCACUGGCCACCACCACCCAGGUGGAGGUUGACGAGGGCGGGAUGCAAACAAUCUACGUGCUGCAAGCAGGUGAGGGGGGCGGCGACGCGGUCAUGAUCCCCGCCGAGGAGCUGAGCGGCAUGGACGGGACAUCGCAGGUGGUCAUCCUGCCCACUUCCAUGCUGGGAGCGCAGGGCAUCACCAUUCCCACUAUCACCAUGGACACCGGCGAGAUCACCAUGAUGGAUGCCACCGAGUCCCCGCAGCACUCCAUCGAAUUCAUCGUGGAGGAGACCAUAUGAAAAUAGCAUUGCGCAAAGGGCCUGAUUUAUGUUCACGGAGUGAAGUUUCACAAUUACAGUAGUUUUCCACGUAGAUACUCUCCUUACAUAAAGUUAGCGAUGUUGGAAUUUUGAGUGUAAAGUUGUACCGUUUUAGUUUAUCCUGAAAUUUCACCUGAAAGACAAAUAUAUUCCCGGCUUUUUGUGAGUAAUAUAUUUGGUUAGAUUGUCCAGGCAAUUAGAUUCGCAGCAUUACCCAACAUGCCUUAACAUGCAUUUUCUCACCAUUAUUAUUCACUAUUUGUCUGCUUCUCAAAAUUCUUACUGUUCCUAAGGACAUUAUUGGAAAAACUUUUUUUUGUAGUUUACUGUGGCAAAUUUGGACUGUGGAUAAAAGAAGAGUUACGAAAGGUAUGCCAGACAAACCAUUUUCCAACAUAACGGCGACAUACGUUUACUGGUAUGUCAAUCGAGCGGCACUUGCAAAAAUCAGGAAAACCUAAUGUUUUACUGCAUGCUUUGGAUGGAAACUAUAUGGCCACUUGCAGAUACAUUUUGAAAGAUAAAAGCGAAACCUAGCAGUCCAAAUUGAAACCUUAGGAUAAAGAAUUGCAUUACAUAAAUUAGUGGUCAAAGAGAAUAUUUUAAAUGGGAGUUUUCUCUUUGCAUAUCGUUUCCAUUUUUGGGCUUUUUAAAGGAAAUGUCAAGAAAAUGGAAAAUAAUCAAAGGCACAAAAUAUCCAUUGAAAGCUGCAGAGUCAAAGGAAACCACAUUGUACAGACUUGUUUGUUAAGGAAGACCCGUUCGUAAAAAAUGUCUCCUAUAAAACUCAUGAGCUACAGAUCAUCCACUUUAACGGCCCAUUCUGUCUUUUUUUUUUUUUCGUUCUGGCUAACAAGUCUGGGAGUGAAGUGACACCCAGCUCAGCAGCAGUAGAAGUCAGAGUGCAUCUUCCAUCAUCCCCCCCUUACUGUCACCAGCUAGGCGAGGUUUGUGUGAAGUAGGCUUCUCCUUUGUAUAGAUCAGCAUUCAUUUGGCAGACUGAUUGAUUUUGUCCUCUAAUUAAAGAAAUUCUAUUAUUACAA